CAUCUUUCUCCAAGAUUUCAUAGAAUGUUACGUUACGGUCAGGAUAAAUCAGCUAAAACUCAAACUGCAAUCUUUGUUGCCGGCAGGACGAGCUCAGAUGAAGAAUAUGGUAGACCUGGAGCAAGUAUGUUGAGUGCCUUGAAUCCCAGAAAUGGCGCAAUCGUAUGGAGAACAGCAAGAAAUGAUACAGAUCCAGUUCAUUCCAUGCAUCUCUCAUCUGAUGUAAUGGUCACAAUCAGUGGAUUGGACGAGACAAGGGUAUCUCUCUUACACGCUUUGACCGGAUAUACUUUAUGGCAAGGCAAGAUGCCCAGUGCUACUGAUGCUGCAUUCACUGGUCUUGUAGACGCUGCCAUCAUUCCACCAGCAUACCUUCAACCUCUCGAGACUGCAUCUGUUGCAGCAUUAGCACCAGAUGUGAUUGCUAUGGACCGUGCUGGAACUCUUGCUCGCUUUGCAGGUGUCAAUGGUGGAUUGAUGUGGAAAACCGAUCCAAUCUCGACCAAAGGUGCAGAAUCUGAUAGCAAACAAAUCAUUCCGAUCAAGCUUCACUCUGACAAGAAGCAUGUGAUCAUCGUUUCUUUGGUUCAAAGUGCUUCAAAGGGAUUGUUAUCUUCGUCUGUCUCUCAUUCUCUACGUGUCAACAUCUAUCAAGCCUACGGUGGAGCACCUCUCACAUCAUUCGAUGUGCCCGGAGCAAAUGUUGAAAUGUCCUCAACAAUGUCAGAUCGCGACACUACAGGUAACGUUGUAAUCAUUGGACGAAAUGCUGAAGGCGAUUUCGGCCGCAAACCUCACCUUGUCUGGCUUCAAAUCGACGGAACCAUCAAAUCAUUCGAAAUCCCUUUGCCGGAUGAAAAGUCCGACGUUCAAAUCGAGAGCUCAGCCAUAAGGACGUUGAAGCCUAAACAAGCAAAUCGAUUCAAUGCUCUGUCCGAGCUUGCAGCUUUGAACAAUCGAGGUCUCCUCGUAGCUCGAACAAACAAUGCACGGGCAGAAGCUCUCCGCAUUGGCAAGAAAGAAAAGCAUCUCAUCAGCUUUUGGGAGAUGGAAGAAGAAGCAUGGGAUUCGGUUUACACUGGUAGUAUCGAUAAACAAGGCAACCCAUACCUCAAUCGUGUAUUCUUUGGCCGCAGUCAACAUUUGCUCAAUUUCCACUCACUUUGGGCGGACAGAUACGAAGAACAAGGUCAAGUCACCGGAGCUUCCUUCCAAUGGGACCACGAUUUGAACGGUGACGUUCUUGCUGCACCAUUUGAGGUCUCACCUGUUGCCGACUAUCAAUUGAUGUGGCGAACUGCAUUCGUGACAAGCUCGUCGUCGAUUCGUAUGCUACAGGACGAGAAACAUGAAUGGAUUCGUGAGGAAGGACUUUCGCAUACGACUGCUUCCAUUAUGAUUGACUUGCCCGAAAGCAAAUUAAGUGCAGGUCAUGGAAGUGAGACUAGAGCAAUUCUUGAAGGUGAAGGAUUCGUUAAUCGAUUAGAAAGACAUUUGAUCGCAUUGCAAAACUUGCCAGCCUGGACAACAGCUACUGUGCUCAAGCUUGCGGAAGAAAUUCCGAAACUCAGUUUAGAGUCUUUCGCUCAAAAUGUUGGCUCGAAAAACAGGGUUAAAAAAGGUAUGCCGGCGGGCGUGCCGCAACCAAAACACAGAACGUCGACAAAGCAAGUUGAGCCUGAAGGCCCUCCGCCGCCAAGUCACGUUGCCCCAAGAGAGGCGAACUCGACAAUCACCAACCAAUUGGUCCGUGACGCUUUUGGCUUCCGCAAGUUGAUCAUUUCGACAAGCAAGAGUGGUAAGAUUUAUGCAAUUGACAGUCAAACUGGAAAUUACAUCUGGGAAAAGAGUUUGUUUGGAUUUGGACAAGGAGAAGGCGCUCCAACUCCCACGAUGAAUGUCAAGCUCUUGGCUCUUGUCCGCCCUAUUGCCGGCUCUGGAGCAGAUAUUAGCUCACCUAUCGGACAACAAUCUUCAAACGAAAAUCUUACCUCACAUGCAGCUACAAGUCAAUUGGAUUUCAAUGGAUUGAUCACCGUUGUGGCAGAAGUAAACGAUGAAGGUGCUGUAUUCACACGUAUGUGGGAGAUUGAACCUUUGACAGGAAGAUUCCCUGGCGGAAAGGAAACACAGACUGGAAUUGCUUUAUUCCCAGGAGAACCAAAAGAUGUGUUCUUACUUCCUAUUGAAGAUGAAAAGAGUGGUCAAAUCGCUGCUGCAGCCAUCAGCGAACGCAACAAGAUUAUGGUUUGGCCAACCACAUCAAGUAUUCAAGACAGAUUUGUCGAGAUUGCAAACAACUUCUUCUACGCCGUAGGCGAGGUAAACCCAUCAAAUGGAAGACAUGUAUUGGUUGGCUAUACUCCUGCCCCGCGAGCAGAGCUUGUCGGUGAAAAAGCUUGGCAAUUACCUUUACCAGCUGGUGAAGAAAUUGUGAGCAUUACAAGAGCGAUUCAAGACCCUGUCGCAAGCCAAGGAAAGGUCUUGGGUGACAGAAGGACUCUAUACAAAUAUUUGAAUCCUCACUUGCUCUUGGCAAUCACUCGCAACCAAGAAAAGAGAAGCAGUACUGCUUACCUUGUCGAUGGGGUGAACGGUAAAAUUAUCCAUCAGUCUAUUCUCGCGGCAAGUAAUCUUGUUUUGAAGGGUGAAGAUGGUGUGCCGUUGGAUCCAAUCGCUGUCAUUACGGAGAAUUGGGUAACCAUUACAUUCAGUGUUGAUAUCCCUGCUGAUGACCCACAAGCACGUUAUAAAGGUCCACAUCGUCAAACACGGCUAGUGAGUAUCGAGUUGUAUCAACCUUUGUCUGAUGAUGAAGAGAUUUGGAAUUGGAAGGGUAUCUUUAGCUCUUUUGCUUCGUAUACAAAACGGUCAAAGAGUCUAAAUGGAAAAGCGAAAGAUAUUGUUGCGGUUGACAAACCAGUCAAUGUUUUCUCACAAUUGUACAUCUUGCCGUAUGGCGUUCGUGCCGUGGCUGCUACACGUACAAAAUUGGGCAUUUCCUCAAAAGCUUUGGUAUUGGCAACGGAUCAAAAUCGAUUGCAAAUUUUGCCAAGGCGAAUGUUGGAUCCUAGACGACCAUUGGGCCGCAAGCCAACGCAACACGAAAUGGAAGAAGGUUUGAUCACGUAUGAUCCCAAUUUGAUGGACACAGGCAAAUUCCAUUUGGGUGGCAGACAAGUUCCUCUCCCUAAGCGAAUUCAUAUCAAACCAUCUCAAUUGGAAAGCACGAGUGUGGUUUUCGUUGAUCAAGGUUUGGAUUAUUUCAUCGCUACAGUUGCACCGAGUGGCAGCUUUGAUCUUUUGAGCGCAUCCUUCAACAAAUUACAACUCUUGUUGACUAUCGCCGUUCUCACUAUCGGGCUUUUCGUUACCAAACCAAUGGUUGCUAGCAAAAUGCUGCGUAUGAGAUGGUAA